UCCUCCAGAAAUCUCAUCUUCCACUCUGAAAAACUUGAUAGUCACGGGUUGUACUACUCACAGUGGUCAUGUGCUGACCAUCACAGCUCCAGCUCUUUUGUUUCUUUUGACCUGGUAAUUACUGUUGUUGGAUGGAGCUCGGCAGCCUGGGAUGGUGUUUUGGUGAAUGAGAUGCCAGCCCUUGCAAAAGCAACAGUUUGUUUGAAACAAGACAUGCAAUCUGUCAGCAGCUCACCAAAAGGUCCAUGCAAGCUUCUUUGCAAUCUGAUUAAUGUGAAAAAAUUAGAGCUAUCAGGUUUAAAAACAUUGUCGAUACUUCAUGGGGAAUCAGAAGAUACUUUCCCAACAUUUUCUAAUCUCAGAACCUUGUUGUUCGAUGGAUGUGAUCUGAGUGAUGACUUCGAGAUGCUGGGAUGCUUUCUGAACAACACCCCAAGUUUAGAGAAGCUUACUCUGCAAUAUUGCAAGCUCCCAGAAGGUUCCAAGAAAAGGAAAAGAAUGGAAAAUCCAAAGAGGAUGUCUAUAAAAUGUCAUGACACACUUACUUUCCAGUGCCCAAACUUGAAGUUGACCGAAAUCAAGUAUAAAGAAGACGAUGUCCACCAGCUGUUUGGCCUUUUGUCUGGCAUUUGGAGGAAUCUACGGAAGACUACCAUCAUUCUUACCAAAGCCUGAAGUAUCAAAUCCCAGUACCUUUUGCAAUGCUUCUGACGUCUAGUUGCUUUGAAAUGUGGCAUGACCUAUGCGAUCUUCUGCUAUCUUUUGAAGCACCUCGUUUGGGUUUUUGGGGUUCUCUAGAUGCCUGAUGGUAACGGUGCUUACCAUCUAUAAGUAAUGAAACUGUUGUGGCCUAUGGCCUGAUUGUACGUAGUGACGACUGAUGACUAUAUUAGGCUGAUGGCCAUAAGCAAAUCUUAUGAACAGAUCAGCGUUACUUUGUUCGCCACAUAUGAAA